UUCCCCUCUCACACAAACACCAAAAUUACCAGUAAGCACAACGCAAUCCAGGCCUCUUCUUCUUCUCUUUCUUUCUCUCUCUCUAUUUUAGAUCUAAAUCUGUCUUCUCUUCUCUUCUCUUGUGAUUUCCAUUUGCAAAAGCUCAAUUGCUGUCCUCGUCCAAUGGCGACCACCAUCGAAGAACCCAUUGUUCCCGUCGAGGUCGUUCCGGAGCCAGAACCAAUCGAACCGGCGGCCGAGGAUACAGAAGCAGCACCCAAAGCUGCCAAGCCAAAGAAAGCCAAGGAGCCUAAAGCCCGAAAGCCCUCCGGUCCUAGAAAGCCCCCUUCACACCCUCCUUACGAGGAGAUGGUUAAGGAUGCGAUAGUGACGUUGAAAGAGAAGACGGGUUCGAGCCAGUACGCGAUCUCCAAGCACAUCGAAGAAAAGCACAAGCAACUUCCACCAAACUUCAAGAAACUAUUGCUCUCCAAUUUGAAGAAGCUCGUUGCUGCUAAUAAGCUCGUUAAGGUCAAGGGCUCCUUCAAGCUUCCAGCUUCCAAGCCAACUGCUCCUAAGCCUGCUGCCGCUGCUAAGCCUAAGAAGAAGGCAGCUGCUGCUCCUAAGCCUAAGCCUAAGCCUACCGCCGCUAAGACCAAGUCUGCUCCUGCGAAGUCAAAACCGGCUGCGAAGACCAAGGCAGCUGCUCCUGCUAAGCCCAAGCCCAAGCCAAAGCCCAAAGCUGCGGCAAAGCCAAAGGCUGCUGCACCGAAGCCAAAGGCUGCUCCGGCUAAGGCAAAGGCAGCUCCGAAGGCAAAGGCUGCCCCUGCUAAAUCUAAGACUGUUGCGGCAAAGGCAAAGACGACAGCAAAGCCGCCUGCGAAGGCAUCGAGGACAUCGACGAGGACCUCCCCAGGGAAGAGGGCGGCGGCUCCUAAGCCAGCAGCAGCAGUAGCAAAGAAGGCAGCGCAGAGUAAGAAGGCACCGGCUGCUAAGAGUGUGAAGACAAAGAGCGUUAAAUCGCCGGCAAAGAAGGCAACAACUAGGAGAGGGGGAAGGAAAUGAGGAUCAUCAUCAUUAUUCAUAAAAGAGUUUUUUUACUUUACUAGGAGGUGUUUGUUUUGUUUGUUGUAGGGGUAGUUUUGUAAAUUUUUCCUUUUCUUUUCCGGUUGUAGUUGGAUCCAAUCCAAUACGCCCCCCGAUUAUAUAACCAAAAAAAAAAAAGAACUCUUUCGGUUUUUAUUAGUAUUAGUAUUAUUAUUAUUAUUUUUAUAUUCUAAUUUUAAUUAUGAUGUCUAGGGAUUUGAGAUGUGUAGUAGUAGUCGUAGUAGUUGAGAUCAUGAGAUAUGAAUAUGAAGAAGAUGUAUUU